AUGUGUCGCACCACGCAUGUAUUUGUCACUUGUGGAAGAAUGUUUUCACAAACUUCAGAAAGGGUUAGUGCGUCAUCAACAUAUGUAUAUUUUGUUUACGAUGACGGCGUGAAGUACAUAGUAUGUCUUGAUAGGAGGACUUGCAGUUGUGGUAGAUUUCAAUUGGAUGAGAUAACAUGUGAACACGUGAUUGUAAUACUAAAAAGCAAGCAUGUAGUUUAUAUGAAGCAUUAUUGCUCAGAGUUUUAUUAUCCUGAAACAUUAAGGAAGACGUAUAAAGAAUUUAUGUUUCCAAUGCCCAAUAAGAAGGACUGGAUUGUGCCACAAAAAGUUAUGGACGAAGUUGUGUUACCACCAAAUUACAAACGUUCACUCGGAAGGCCAAAGAAAAACAGGCACAAGAAAUCAAGUGAAACAAUGACAUCGAGCAGUAAUUGUUGCAGGAGAUGUGGUUAUGCUGGUCAAAACAGGAGUACUUAA